AUGCCCAGGGGUAGCACCGAACUAUACACUGACUGGAAUCCUUCUCAGAUCAUCCUAUCCUCUUCGGAGACAGACUACCUUGACCAACUGAUACCACUCCUCCAGAACGCGCAGACACAGACCCAGGUUGGUCCACUGAUCCACGCACUCAACCAUGUCUCGGCCGAUCGAGACGCUGCGAUUGAGCGAAUAUGCAACAACAACCACCAAGAAUUCGUCAACAGCGUACAACAGCUGCAGUCUGUUCGGGAAGGGACGGUCAGCCUCACGUCCGAGAUCAUGGAGCUGAGCCGAAGCAUAGAAGCUUCCACGGAGAAGUUGGCCGAGCAGAAGAAAGCCUUAGUCGAUUCGCGUGGUGUGCGGCAGAACAUUGAUGAUACAACCCAAGCACUCAAGGAUUGCUUGGAAGUGUUGAGGCUGGCCAAUCAGGUUCACGCUCUGCUCGGAGAGAAGAAUCAUUAUGCUGCGUUAAGGGCGCUUGAUGAGCUGCAGAAUGUGCAUCUCCGAGAAGUCACUCGCUAUAAGAUUGCUGAGAUGAUUGAGCGAUCUGUGCCUGCUACACAACGACUGAUAGCCGAGGCCGUCAUGACGGACCUCAAUACCUGGCUGUACCGGAUUCGUGAGACUUCACAAUUCCUGGGCGAGGUGGCUUUCUACCACACAGAUCUUCGGCGCGAGAGGCAAAAGGAGAGGGCAGAACAGGAUCCUCGCUUUACCACAGCCAGGCUCAACUCCUCCCUGGAGCUCGUCGCGGAUGAGGUAGAGGAGUUCGAUGUGCUGCACAAUGAUGAGGUCCAGGUCAACUUCUCGCCGCUCUUCGAAUGCCUGCACAUCCACGAUGCACUCGGCCAGACAGAUAAAUUCCGUGCGGAUUAUGCUGCGACCCGCCGACGACAAAAAGACCUGCUCAUACCUCAAACACUGAAUCUCCAGGAUGAUGAGCUUAACAGUCUCAGCAGUUUGCUAGAGGGCAUAGCAGGUUUUGCCAUCAUCGAGAAAGCCACCAUGGCUAAAACGGAGAACUUUCGCGCACAAUCCGACGUCGAUGAGCUAUGGGACAGCAUGUGCCAAUCAGCGAUUACCUUACUGAGCAAUGCCCUCCGCACAAUCGAAAGCGACGACAAGCUCCUCAAGAUCAAAGGCAUCAUUGCCCUCUUCAUCCAAACGAUGGACGGCUGGGGCUACUCGGUCACGAGCCUCGACAGCCUCCUCCUCGCCCUCUUCGACAAAUACAGCAGUCUCCUGAAAAAGCGCUUCUCCGAUGAUUUCGAGGAGGUCGUCACCUCGGAUGAUUACAUGCCCAUGCCCAUCAACAACGCGGAAGAGUACACCAAAGUCUUGUCAGUAAGCUGGUACACGCCUCCCGCCGACGAAGCCAGCGAUCCUGAAGACCUAGAGUACCCGUACCACCUCCCCUUCAGCCAAAUGUACCCUCUCGUUUGCAUCGACAUCCGCAAUUUCAUCCAACAAAUGUACCUCUUCAGCGACGACCACUUCCGCCACACCGCCACCAUCGACCGCAUGAUCAAAGAAGGCCUCGACGAGCUCCUCCGGGAGAAAGUCAUACGCAUCCUGCUCGCGGGCCUGAAGUCCCAAUACCCAGGUCAAAUCGUCCAGAUCCUGACGAACCUCGACUACUUCGAACAAGCCUGCUCGGACCUAGAAGAAUUCCUCGUAAGCGUUCGUUCCUCCUCCAGCGCCGCGGGUCCCAUAUCCCUGCACGCCACGACGUCCUUCAAAGAAGCCAAGACGGAAGCGGAAAGGCGGGUCUUCGAGCUCGUGAACAGCAAGAUUGACGAUCUGAUCGAGACGGCCGAGUAUGACUGGUUGAGCACCUACGUCCCGGAUCAAGUCUCCCUUUACAUGCAAGAACUGACCCGCUACCUGGCGAACAUCAUGUCCUCCGUCCUCCUCGGCCUGCCGUACGAAAUCAAACACAUGAUCUACCAGACCGCGCUGGAACACAUCGCCGAGAACCUGCUUCAACUCCCGCUCGACCCGGAGGUGCAGCGGAUCUCGCAUCAAGCCGCGGCGGCAUACAUCCUCGAUGUCGGCCACUUGUCCGGUUUCGUGGGGAGUCUGGACGAAGAUGAUCGACCGGAGACGGUGAUCCCGGCCGUGGAGGAGCUGAAGCAGAAUACGGAUCUUAUGGGUUUGGCCGCCGAGGGGAGGGGGGAGGAGUUCUUCGAUCAGAGUAUUACGACGGGGAGGUUUCCGAUGGUGGAUAAGAUCAAGGGGGCCGAGUUGCUGGAGAAGGUGCAGGCUAAGGGUGCGGGGAUGGGUGGGUUGGGAGGUGUUGGUGGUGCUGGGUUGGGGAUGGGAUUGAAUUCUAUGAUGGGGAGUGGUGGGAUGGGGGAUGAUGGGCAUGCGAAGAAGGCUUCUACUACGCUUGGGGAUUUCAGGUCGAGGUUCGGGGAUUUUGGGAGGAGGACUUGA